CAACCAAAUCCAACCGGCCAUCCUCGACAGUCGACACCUCGCCGUAGCCGCCACUAGCCAUGGCUCCCAAGCGCGCCACCCCACGCAAGCGCUCCGCCACCGCAGAUCCCGCCACCAGUUCGGAAGAAGACUCCAGCGGUUCCUCUACCUCCCACAACCAAGAGGUGGCAGACGAGGAAACGGGGGAAUCGGAAUCGGAGGAUGCGGCGGCGGCGGAGGAGUCGGCGGAGGAUGGGGGCGAGGGGGAGGGGGAGUCGACGGAGGAUGAGGACGAGUGGGAGGCGGAGCCUGAUCCGCAGCCCGCGGCCAAGAAUCCACCUCAAUCAAGCAAGUUGCCUGCUCGCAAGAGGGGAAAGACGCCGGCGCCGGCACCAGUACAUCAAAAUGGCGAGAAGAAGAAGCUGCAACAUAGCGAAUCGGCAGAACCCAAACCGAAGAAAAGCAGGCGCAUGUGGUCUCCCGACGACGAGGUCCUGAUUCUGGAGGAGCUUGCCGAGCACCGCCGCCAGCAUGGGAAGGUGCCGGCGUGGGGGGACUACGCCUUCUUUGAGUCUGUUGCCAAGCGCCUUGAGGACAGCAGCUGCCAUUAUUUUGUUGUAAAGGAGAAAGUUCGCACCCUGCUGCGUCGCUACAAAUCUCACAUCUUAUCUGUCACGGACCAUGAUAAGCGCCUUGACAGUCUCUCCGAAGAUGUCUGGGGAGACUUGCAGGUGACCGAUGGCGCUAUUAAUGGCAGCAAACAGGCAGAGGGUGAGGGUGCCAUGGUGAGGGCUGAGAAUGGCAGCAGCGGCCAGACUCAGGCCAGGAGCUUCGAGGAAAUGUGUGAGGUGUAUCCUCUGCUUGCGCAGGAGGUGAAGAUGCUCGCGGAGGUGCAACCUGCCGUCAAAAGCUUGUUCACCAGACUAGAUGCCAAGAGAGCCCUCUACAUGCAGAAGAAGCUGGAGAGAAUUAGGUCCACAGAGGUGAAGAUCCAGGCACGGAUGGCCGCCAAGGUACAUGCACCUCAGGCAAAGAUUAGUGAGAAGCUUGUCCGUCUGCUCACAUAGGUUUCCAAGAAUGUACUCCAAAAAAGAGUCUCCCCUGUUUUGUGGGCAAGCAAGACAAGGGUAUGAACUAUGAAGGGGGUGGUGAACUAAUAUAUCCUGCGCGCCACUGAUUUCUUCUAUUUUGGUUUGGCUGAUGGUAAAGGGUCAUGGAGGACAUUCUGAUUCCACUUGGCUGUCUGACUUGUUAAUGGCGAACCCGUGCGACUAGGUUAGUUGUAGAUUAUUUUGUGAAGAAACGAAAAUAUCAGGUGGCUUGGUAGAAGCUUUUAGUAACUGGUUAGGUGGUGUAUGGAAGAUGGAAGCUUAUGUACCGGUGGCUAGUCAAGCCAGCGUUCUGGAUGUAAUACCAUGUCUCUAGUAAUGUGACAUAUCCUUUGGACUGAUGCGUUUCACUUGAUAAUCAGGUAUGCUGUCUUCUAA